AUGAGUCACGAAGAAGAGCAAGGAUUCCAGGAGAACCAAGAGAAUCAGGAAGAGUUCGUUGACCUCAACGACAUUGCUGAAGAGGUUGCUGAUGACAAUGGCCCUGCUCCAGAAGAUGAUAAUGAUGACCAUGACAUGGACAUGGAAGGCCACGAAGGUGAAAACGAGGAGUCUAUAGAAAUUGAUCUUGCUAACAACUCGUGGACUUACUUCGAUCAACACAAAGAUUCCGUUUUUACCGUCUUCUCCCAUCCUUCCUUGCCAAUGGUGGUAACUGGAGGUGGUGACAACACAGCAUACUUAUGGACAACGCAUACGCAGCCUCCACGUUUCGUGGGCGAGUUGCUGGGCCAUAAAGAGAGUGUCGUCUGUGGUGGCUUCACGGGCGACGGAAAGUUCGUUGUCACUGGUGACAUGAAUGGACUCAUCCAGGUGCACAAGGCAGCCAAGGGAGGCCAGAAAUGGGUCAAGUUUGGUGACUUGGAAGAGGUUGAGGAAGUCUUGUGGAUCACUGUCCACCCAUCUUUGCCAUACUUUGCCUUUGGCUCUACUGACGGUUCUGUCUGGGUCUACCAAAUUGAUGAAGAGUCUAAGUCUCUCGUUCAAAUCAUGUCCGGUUUCUCCCACACGCUAGAAUGUAAUGCAGGUGUUUUCGUGGGCACCGAGAAGGCUGACGAGUUAUUCUUGGUCACUGCAUCUGAAGAUGGAACCAUUGUCAUGUGGAAUGGUUUCACUGGUGCUGUUCAAUACAAGUUGCAGCCACACGAUGACUUCAAGGGUGUUGAGAGUCCAUGGGUUUCCUUGAAGCUGCAUGGCGUUGUUGUUGCUGCUGGCGCUCGUGACGGUCAGUUGGCUAUCAUUAACUUAGAGAGUGGUAAGAUUGUUCAGCAUGUUAAGACUAUCGAAAACGUCGAAGAUGUGGCCGACUUGUCCAUUGAAGCUCUUGCAUGGUGCCAGAACAGCUCUGUUCCACUUCUAGCAAUCGGUCUCGUCUCUGGUGACAUUCUUUUAUUCGAUUCUAACCUGUGGAGAUUGAGAAAAACGCUUAAGGUUGACGAUACUAUCACGAAACUUCAAUUCGUUGGCGACCUGCCUAUCCUUGUCGGUUCAAGUAUGAACGGUAAGUUGUACAAGUGGGACGCUCGUACUGGUGAAGAGUUGUUUGUUGGUGUUGGUCAUAACAUGGGUGUCUUAGACUUUGCCAUCACUGAUGGCGGCAAGGCCUUUGUUACUGCUGGAGACGAAGGUGUUUCUUUAAUCUUCCGUCCUGAGGCCUAA